AGCUGAGAAUAGAGGUGUGCAGCUUGUCCUUGAGACAUGACUCCGCGAGCUUUUCUUCUCUGUAUUCCCUGGACAGGCAAACAUUUUAACGCAUCUAUGUGACAACAUGUUUGGGGUAUUUGUCAGAACUGUGCUGCGGCCCAGUGUUGUGAAGCCAUGCCACCUUGUCAGAUCUAUCACACAGCUCUCAGAAAGGUCUGCGGCCCAUCAGGACAGUUUGCCAAAACUGCCAGUGCCACCUCUAAAACAAACCUGUGAGCGCUACCUAGCCUCUCUGGAGCCAAUAGUGAGUGAAGAAGAACUUGAACACACUCACCAACUCAUUGAUGAACUCCUGAAAGGUGGUGUUGGCGAGCGUCUACAAAAAGGCCUGGAGCGACGGGCUCGUAAAACAGAAAACUGGCUUUCAGAAUGGUGGAUGCAGUCAGCUUAUCUAGACUGCCGUAUGCCAGUGGCAGUUUACACCAGCCCUGGUGUUGUACUGCCCCAGAUGCAUUUCCAAGAUCGGCAAGGACAGAUGAGGUUUGCUGCUAAACUUAUAGCUGGAGUUCUUGACUUCAAAAAGAUGAUUGACACCAAAACAUUGCCCACUGAAUAUUUAAGUAAAAAACCGCUGUGUAUGGACCAGUAUUACCAAAUCCUGUCGUCCUGUCGGAUACCUGGACCAAAGCGAGAUACUGUUGUCAACUAUGCCAAAGGAAAUAUCUCCCCUACACAUAUCACUGUGGUGCACAAUUUCCAGUUUUUUGUGUUGGAUGUGUACAACAGUGAUGGCACCCCACUGACAGUGGACCAGAUUUAUAUGCAACUGGAAAAAAUCUGGAACUCCUCUUUACAGACUAACAAGGAACCAAUUGGUAUCCUCACAUCACAACACCGCAACACAUGGGGAAAAGCCUAUAACACUCUUAUCAAGGAUAAGACAAACAAGGAGUCUGUCCGUGCUAUCCAAAAAAGUAUCUUUACAGUUUGUUUGGAUGCCCCAAUGCCGCGAGUGUCGGACGAGCUCUACUUAAGCCGAGUAGCAGCUCAGAUGCUGCACGGAGGAGGGGCACGCUGGAACAGUGGCAAUCGCUGGUUUGAUAAAACAUUACAGUUUAUUGUGGGGGAGGACGGCACAUGUGGACUGGUAUAUGAGCAUGCACCUGCAGAAGGGCCGCCUGUUGUUUAUCUCAUCGAUUAUGUUGUUAAAUACAUGCAGAGGGCUGAAUUUAUCCGAUCUCCAAUGAUUCCCCUGGCCAUGCCACAGAAACUACGUUUUAACAUCACAUCAGAGGUUAAAAGAGACAUUGAGAAAGCCAAACAAAAUAUGAAUAUGAUGGUACAUGACCUAGAUGUAAAGGUGGUUCUUUUUUCCCAUUUUGGCAAAAAUGUGCCAAAGCAGCACCACCUUAGUCCUGAUGGCUUUAUUCAAAUGGCUUUACAACUGGCCUAUUUCAGGAUGUACAAUAUUUGCUGCUCUACUUAUGAGAGUGCAUCUUUACGAAUGUUUAAAUACGGCCGAACAGAAGGCGUCCGCGUAACUACUAUGGACUCUUUACGGUUUGUUCAGGCCAUGGGAGAUUCAGCCCAACAGAACACAGAGAGACGGACACUGCUGCAGAAUGCUGUCAAGACUCAUAAAGAAAACACGUACAAUGCAAUCCAUGGGCAAGGUAUAGACAGGCAUCUCCUUGGAAUGAAAAUGCAGAGUAUUGAAGAUCUUACAUCAAUGCCAGAGUUUUUUAUGGACACUUCCUAUGCUGUGGCACAGCAUUAUAAUCUAUACACCAGUCAGGUUGGCUCUAAGACAGACUGCGUGAUGUGCUUUGGUCCGAUGGUGCCAGAUGGCUAUGGAGUGUGUUACAAUCCCAUGGAUGAGCACAUCAACAUCGCCAUCACAGCCUUCAACAGCUGUGAGGACACUAACGCUGCCAAGUUUGCCCGGGCCGUAGAAGAGGCUCUGUUGGACAUGAGAGCCCUUCUGGAGGAUACAGCUUGAGCCAACAGUGAUCCCUCUAUAGUCCAGUGCAGUGUUGUCCUCCCCGGCUGGAUGGGAGCUGGGAUUUACAAGUGCCACAGUUGUGGAGAUAUGCCUUGUUUUCACAUAGAAGUGUGUGGAGUUGUUGAAAAUGUAUUUAACUGCUUUUAGGAUAUUAUUGUAUGCCUGUCAAAACAAAUGUGCGGUGUAAAUUGUAUAUUUUAAUAUAUUGUUUAAACUGUAUGAAAUUAUAUCAAAUCAUUUUUUUUUUA